AUCAAUCUAAUUCAAAUUAAGGGCAAGUAGGUAUAUUAUAUAACUCUUUUUUCUUCUUCUCUUUUAAUUACUCUCUCUCCCUUCCGGCUGUUAAUUACUCUCUCCGGCGGUCGUCUCUCUUCGCUCCGGCAGUGAUUUUCUGCUGCUUCUGCUUGUCCGGACUCUUAGCUUUGUUUGUAAGUGUUUGAGAUUCUCUCUAGACUUUUAACAAUGGGGGACUCGGAAAACGCUCAGCAGCCUUCUAAAAAGAGAGCUGCUUUGAAAGAGCUUUCUCGUGACAAUCCUGGCCUUGAUGAUGAUGAUGAUGAUGAUGAUGAUGAAGACACUUGUGCACUCGCGAGUGGUACUUUCAAGACUGCAAGUGAGGAGGUUUUGACUACCAGAAAAAAUUUCAGAGCUAAGCGCAGAGAUCCAUCUGCAACAGCAGCAGCACCACUAGCAUCCAAUCCCUUUGCUGGAAUUCGUUUGGUCCCUUUUACUGCUCCUGUUCCUUCUACUACUGCUGAAGAAACGAACAAGCCUCUGUCUGGGUUAGAUUCGACUCCAUCUGAGGGAAAACAAGAGACACAGGAUGGUGGAAGAUGUGAUGCAACCAAUGAUGACGAGAAGAGUGAGGCAGUUAAUACUGGAGAUGGUGGUGAAGCUGAUACCAAGAUUGAAGACGAGACAGAAACAACGACAGAAAUUGAUGUUGCUGCUGGGGAAAAGACUGAAACGGCUAAAGAUGACAACGGCAAUAGUGACGCUGUUGACAAGGAUUCAGGUGGUAAUCAGACCGAGAAAGAAGGAAAUGAAGACACAGAGAAGAAUGGAGAUAGUGGAGGCUUGAGUUCUUUCCACCAGCACUCGAGUAGCAAAAACGCAUUCACAGGACUUGCUAGUACAAGUUUCUCUGCUUCUUCAUUCUCGUUUGGUUUGGUUCCACAGCAAGGUUCGACCGUGUCUGUGACUGAACAGUCACCCUUCAGUUUUGGCCUGUCAAACAAUGGAAUCUCUUCCCUGUUUGGUGCAUCCCGCUCUGCUUCCAUUGUCACGAAGAGCACAGAAACUACUACAGCCUUCCCUUCAAAGCAAGAUGUUUCAGUGGAGACAGGAGAAGAGAACGAAAAAGCGGCCUUCACAGCUGGUUCAGUAAUGUUUGAAUAUCUUGAGGGAGGAUGGAAAGAGCGUGGGAAAGGAGAACUCAAGGUAAGCGUAUCCACGACUGAUAACGGAAAUGCCAGGUUGGUAAUGAGAUCCAAAGGAAACUAUAGGUUGAUCCUGAACGCAAGUCUUUACCCUGAAAUGAAAUUGGCGAACAUGGACAAGAAAGGAAUCACAUUUGCUUGUGUGAAUAGUAUAAAUGAAGCCGAGAAAGGUCUCUCCACAUUCGCACUCAAGUUCAAGGACCCAACGGUAGUGGAAGAGUUCCGAGCAGUUAUCGAGAAACAUAAAGAAAGUAAACCUUCCGUUGUAGAAGCAGCAGCUCCUUUAAAGACACCUGAGAACUCACCGAGGGCUGAAGAUACUUGAAGGUAAAAACUUUGAAACAUUCGUCGUCUUAGUUGCAUUGUGUUCUUGUCUAUGUUGUUUGGAGCUCAAAUUCGUGAUAUACAAAAAUGUAGCCCGACCUGAGCAGAAGAAUAUACAACUUGAGAAUAUGUGAACA